CAGGGAUGGUCAGACCGGCCCCUCCCUCUCCCCCUCCCGCCCCACCCCCUCCCCCAGUCUCCGGCCUCUCCAAACACUAGACGGAGCUGUGGGCACACCAGUCGGCCAGCUCCAGGCUGUCAUGGACCCUGAAGGCUUGGCACUCCUGCUGCCCCCUGCCACUCUAGCCACCUUGGCAGAAAGCUGGCUUCGAGAGGACUGCCCAGGCCUCAACCACAUGGCCUUGGUCACGGGGGCAGCCUCCUCACAGGCGGUGCUGUGGGCCAAGUCCCCCGGAGUGCUGGCUGGGAGGCCCUUCUUUGAUGCCAUCUUUGCCCAAGUCAACUGCCAGGUCUCUUGGUUCCUCCCCGAGGGAUCAAAACUGGUGCCUGUGGCCAAGGUGGCCGAGGUCCGGGGCCCUGCCCACUACCUGCUGCUGGGGGAGCGGGUGGCCCUUAAUAUGUUGGCCCGCUGCAGUGGAGUUGCCAGCGCUGCCGCUGCUGCUGUGGAGACCGCCAGGGGGACCGGCUGGGCCGGGCACGUGGCAGGCACGAGGAAGACGACGCCAGGCUUCCGGCUGGUGGAGAAGUAUGGGCUUCUAGUGGGCGGGGCCGCCUCCCACCGCUACGACUUGGGAGGGCUGGUGAUGGUGAAGGACAACCACGUCGUGGCAGCUGGUGGUGUGGAAAAGGCGGUGAGGGGGGCCCGGCAGGCGGCCGACUUCUCCCUGAAGGUGGAGGUCGAGUGCAGCAGCCUGCAGGAGGCUGCGGAGGCGGCCGAGGCAGGAGCAGACCUCGUCAUGCUGGACAACUUCAGGCCUGAGGAGCUGCACCCCACGGCCGCGGCGCUGAAGGCCCGGUUCCCGAACGUGGGCGUGGAGGCGAGCGGGGGCAUCACGCUGGACAGCCUCCCUCAGUUCUGUGGGCCCCAUAUCGAUGUCAUCUCUUUGGGGAUGCUGACCCAGGCUGCCCCGGCCCUCGAUUUCUCCCUCAAACUGUUUGCCGAAGGGGCCACUCCAGUGCCCUACGCCCGCCGCUCCUGAAGCCAAGGAGGCUACACUGGCAGUGGGAUAACACGGUUUCAUGCAACUCUCACGAUUUCACUUCUUUAAGUCCAGUGGCCAACAGAACACUCUCAAGUUAGCCUGGGCUAAAGUCCCACUCUGUCAUGUACUGCUUGUGGGACCUCGAAGGACUGACUUCACCUCUGCUCACCUCAGUUUCCUAAUCUGUAAAAUGGGUCUAGCCAACCUUAUGGAUUUCUUUGGAUGAUAAUUAACGCAGAGUAAGUGCUUAGUAAAUGUUAGAAAUUACCAU